CACACAGACACAGACGCACACACCCACACACAGACACAGACACACAUCCAGAGUGCCUAUGGCACAGAGUCUGAACCAGAACCUGAGCUGUACCAUCUGCGCCCAGAUGUACACCGAGCCCGUCACCCUGGACUGUGGUCACAACUUCUGCAAAGGCUGUGUCCUGGAGUGGUGGGACACUGGGGGUACCGGUGCCGAGGUUUCCUGCCCCCAGUGUGGGCAGUGCUUCCCCAGGAGGGAGCUGAUGCCCAACCAGCUGCUGGUGACCAUUGUGGCCAGCCUGCGGAGUCUGAGCCUGCAGGACGAGGGGGCCGGGCUGGGUGGACAGAGGUGCCCGCUCCACGGUCAGCAGGCACGUUUCUUCUGCUCCAAGGAUCUCAGGCUGGUGUGUCCAUCCUGCCCGCCACAGGGUCAGGACAGGGGCAGCUCGACUCUGAUAGCGGUGGAGGAAGCCUACACUGUCUGCAAGCAAAAGUUGGAGAACUCCGUUGGAUUCCUGGAGAGGAAGUUGGAGGAGUUUUGCGAGGCGCAGGUCUCCCAGGGAAUCCAGAUCACUAAGACGACGGAGCUGGUAAAGGGUCUUCAGGAAAACAUUGAGGCAGAAUUCAGCAAACUGCACCAAUUCCUGCAGGAUCAGGAGUGUGCGCUGACAGAGAAACUGAAGAGGGAGUCAGAGGUCUUGUUGCACUCUCUGGAGGGUAACCGACGUCUCAUCUCGAAGAGAAGCAGCUCCAUUGAGAGGUUGAUCGAUGAGAUAAAGUGUCUGAUCCACACCGAAGAUCAGAACCGAAUACUGAUGGAUACCAAGAGUAUUCUUCAAAGGACUGAUUUACACAAUGAGCCGAUCCUGCAGCCUCCUGAGCUGAGUUUGGGGGAGUAUAAGGGCCCUCUUCAGUACGCAGCGUGGAAACAGAUGCUGAGCGUAGUCAGCCCAGUGCCAGCUGCCGUGACCUUCGACCCGGACACAGCCAACCCCGGCCUAGUGCUGUCCAAGGACCACACCAUGGUGAAGCGCCGCUCCAGGUUCAAGCAGCUGCCGGAGAGCGCCAAGCGGUUCAGCUUCCACGCCGCGGUGCUGGGGGGGGUGGGUUUCGCCUGGGGCCGGCAUUACUGGGAGCUGGACGUGGACGGCAUGGCCGGCUGGAUCGUCGGGGUGGCUAGUGAGAUGGCGAGCAGGCACGACGACGUGCCGCUGACCCCCGCCAACGGCUUCUGGACGGUGCGGCUGUGGAACGGGAAGGUGCACGUGGCUGACGGCGCCCGGGAUAGUGCCGGCUCCCUGUGCUGCUCCGAGGGCAGGCCCGACAGGCUGGGGCUCUACCUGGACUACGGUGAGGGUCAGCUGUCCUUCUACAGCGCUUCUGACAUGUCCCAUCUCUACACCUUCUUCCAUCGCUUCCAAGAGAAACUCUACCCCUUCGCUCUGCCGCUGCCCAGCCUGGAAACGGCCGAGGCAGAGAUCCUGAAGCUGUUCCAUUUGUAUUUGUGAGGUUGAGGGGGACUCAGAAAGGGACAGGCAAAGGAAGGUCAAAGGUGGUGCCUCCCCGGCGCAGAGUGAGAGUUGGUUGCAGUCCCACCUACUCCAUGCAUCUCUGAAACAGGAUGUUUUGAAAAUAAAGAAUAUAAGGCACA